UUCUUCCCACCCCCGUCCCCGCUACCCCCCCGAGGCCUCGGCUCGCUCGUAAUCCCGACCCGCACCCGCACCCGGCGGAAUCUCGCGCCGGUCAAACCCUAUCGCACGCGCGCGCGCGCGCGCUCGGAUCGGGAGGGCUAGGGUUCGCCGGCUGCUGCCUUCCGGCGGCCGCCGAGGAGGGAGAUGGACGGGCUCCUGUCCAAGCUCAAGGGGCUCGACGCCUACCCCAAGGUCAACGAGGACUUCUACAAGCGCACGCUCUCCGGCGGCGUCGUCACGCUCCUCUCCGCCUUCGUCAUGCUGCUCCUCUUCGUCUCCGAGACGAAGUCGUAUUUUUAUUCAGCAACCGAGACCAAGCUAGUGGUAGACACGUCAAGAGGAGAAAGGCUAAGAGUAAAUUUUGAUAUUACUUUCCCGAGUAUUCCUUGCACCCUUCUCAGUGUUGAUACAAGGGAUAUUAGUGGCGAGCAGCACCAGGACAUUAGGCAUGACAUUGAAAAGAAAAGAUUGGACUCACAUGGUAACGUCAUUGAAUCAAGAAAAGAAGGCAUUGGUGGAACAAAGAUUGAGAAACCAUUGCAAAAACAUGGAGGAAGGCUUGGCAAAGGCGAGGAAUAUUGUGGCACCUGUUAUGGUGCGGAGGAGUCAGAUGAACAAUGCUGUAAUUCAUGUGAAGAAGUUAGGGAGGCCUACAAGAAGAAAGGGUGGGCUCUUACAAAUCCUGACCUAAUCGACCAGUGCGCUAGAGAGGACUUUGUUGAAAGAGUUAAAACCCAACAUGGUGAAGGCUGCAGUGUUCAUGGCUUUCUAGAUGUUAGUAAAGUUGCUGGAAAUUUCCACUUUGCACCAGGCAAAGGAUAUUAUGAAUCAAACGUAGAUAUGCCUGAGCUGUCUGCUGAAGGAGGUUUCAAUAUUACCCACAAAAUAAACAAACUGUCCUUUGGGACAGAAUUCCCUGGUGCUGUCAAUCCACUUGAUGGUGCUCAGUGGACACAGCCCGCUUCAGAUGGGACAUACCAAUACUUCAUAAAAGUUGUCCCUACAAUUUAUAAUGAUAUAAGAGGGCGCAAGAUCGAUUCAAACCAAUUCUCAGUAACGGAGCACUUUAGAGAUGGAAAUGUUCAACCGAGACCCCAACCUGGAGUAUUUUUCUUCUAUGAUUUCUCACCUAUAAAGGUGAUAUUUACAGAGGAGAAUAGAUCCUUCCUCCACUACCUGACAAACCUGUGUGCUAUAGUCGGAGGGAUCUUCACUGUCGCUGGCAUCAUCGACUCGUUCAUAUACCAUGGACAGAAGGCACUUAAGAAGAAAAUGGAGAUAGGCAAGUACAGAUGAAACCUGGACCACACCUAACAUUUUCCAAGUUUUGUGGCUUGUAAGGAGGUGGAUCCCGUGUAUGCGCUACAAAGACGACGAGAUGCCGAAGGCCAUGAAAAGUGAUGAUAGUUCACAUUAGUUGAUGAAAACUUGUAAAAAAGGAAAACAGAAUAGGCUGGGUCUUGGGGGCAAGUGCUUUCAUGUCCAUGGGUAGAGAUUAGUUGAAUGGCCUGAACUGGCGUGCAGUGCUGUACUUGGAAGUCGAUACAUCACAGAAUGUUAUCUUGUCAAUUGCUUCA